UGUAGUCUUCACGAGUCCCGCAUCUUCUGGACAGACGUGCUGACUGGACGACCGAGGCGAACACUUGGUGUGGGGUUUUAUUUCCCCCCGUUGCGUCUUCUUGGCGCAGUGGACACAGAAGUCCAUUCACGCCGUUUAGAUUUUCUUUGCUCUCCCCAUCUGCGUUCAUGGUUCUCCUGUCUCACUUUGGCUCGUGGACUUGAAGUCAAAGGGGGAAAAUGGGGCACCGUUUGAUAGCGACCGUCCUGUUUCUCCUGUGCCUCAUCUGUAAAUCUUUCGCCGGAUUUCCAAACCAAAUUAACAUAGGUGGACUCUUCAUGCGCUCCACUGUGCAGGAGCAUAGCGCCUUUCGCUUCGCUGUCCAGCUGUACAACACUAAUCAGAAUGUGACGGAAAAGCCGUUCCACUUAAACUACAACGUGGAUAAUCUUGAAUCCUCCAACAGUUUCUCAGUCACCCAUGCGUUCUGCUCGCAGUUUUCGCGCGGCGUGUACGCCAUCUUCGGCUUCUAUGACAGGAAGUCCAUGAACACGCUGACGUCGUUCUGCGGCGCGCUGCACACCUCCUUCAUCACGCCCAGCUUCCCCACAGACGCCGACGUGCAAUUCGUCAUCCAGAUGCGGCCGGCGCUGCGUGGCGUGGUGCUCAGCCUGUUGGCCCACUACAAGUGGGAGAAGUUCGUCUACCUCUACGACACCGACAGAGGGUUCUCCAUCCUGCAGGCCAUCAUGGAGACGGCGGUGGCCAACAACUGGCAGGUGACGGCGCGCUCGGUGGGCAGCAUAGUGGACCCCAUAGAGUACCGCCGCAUCAUGGAGGAGAUGGACCGCCGCCAGGAGAAGCGCUUCCUCAUCGACUGCGAAGUGGGCCGCAUCAACGCCAUUCUGGAACAGGUCGCCCUGUCAGGGAAGAAUAGCAGAGGUUAUCACUACAUCCUGGCCAACCUGGGCUUCUCCAACAUGAGUCUUGACAAGGUGUUUUCAGGCGGCGCCAACAUCACAGGCUUUCAGAUCAUAAACCCAGACAACCCCAUCGUGCAGCAGUUCCUUCAGCGCUGGGACCGGCUGGAUGAGAGAGAAUUCCCCGAAGCCAAAAAUACGCCUCUGAAGUACACGUCCGCGCUGACCCACGACGCCAUCUUGGUGAUCGCGGAGGCGUUCCGCUACCUGCGGAGGCAGCGGGUGGACAUCUCCAGACGAGGCAGCGCUGGCGACUGCCUGGCCAACCCCGCCGUGCCCUGGAGCCAAGGCAUCGACAUCGAGCGGGCGCUCAAAAUGGUUCAGGUCCAAGGUAUGACGGGCAACAUCCAGUUCGACAGUUUCGGGCGCAGGACAAACUUCACCAUCGAUGUGUACGAAAUGAAAGCGGGAGGGGCUAGGAAGAUGGGGUACUGGAAUGAAUAUGAGAAAUUUGUUUUUAUAACGGAGCAGCAGGUCACCAACGAGUCAACUUCUGUGGAAAACCGAACAAUUGUGGUCACUACUAUUAUGGAAGCACCCUAUGUGAUGUACAAGAAAAACCAUAUGCAGCUGGAGGGGAAUGAGCGCUAUGAGGGUUACUGUGUGGACCUAGCCUCAGAGAUCGCAAAACAUGUCGGCAUUAGAUACAAACUGUCCAUUGUUGCUGAUGGAAAGUAUGGGGCCAGAGACCCUGAAACCAAGACCUGGAACGGGAUGGUGGGUGAACUGGUCUAUGGGAGAGCUGAUAUUGCUGUGGCCCCACUCACUAUAACUCUGGUAAGGGAGGAGGUCAUUGACUUCUCCAAGCCCUUCAUGAGCUUGGGCAUCUCCAUCAUGAUCAAGAAGCCCCAAAAGUCCAAGCCGGGGGUCUUCUCCUUCCUGGACCCGCUGGCCUACGAGAUCUGGAUGUGCAUCGUCUUCGCCUACAUCGGCGUGAGCGUGGUGCUCUUCCUGGUCAGCCGCUUCAGCCCCUACGAGUGGCACCUGGACGACAACGACGAGGCCAAAGACCCCCAGUCCCCGCCCGACCCGCCCAACGAGUUUGGGAUUUUUAACAGCCUCUGGUUCUCUCUGGGUGCCUUCAUGCAGCAGGGAUGCGAUAUCUCGCCAAGAUCUCUCUCAGGCCGUAUAGUGGGGGGAGUGUGGUGGUUCUUCACCCUCAUCAUCAUCUCCUCCUACACGGCUAACCUGGCGGCCUUCCUCACCGUGGAGAGGAUGGUGUCCCCCAUUGAGAGUGCAGAGGACCUGGCCAAGCAGACGGAGAUCGCCUACGGCACCUUAGACUCCGGCUCCACCAAAGAAUUCUUUAGGCGCUCCAAAAUAGCGGUGUACGAGAAAAUGUGGUCGUACAUGAAAUCGGCCGAACCCUCUGUGUUCGCCAAGACCACCCCUGACGGCGUGGCGCGAGUGCGCAAGUCCAAGGGCAAGUUCGCCUUUCUGCUGGAGUCCACCAUGAACGAGUACAUCGAGCAGCGCAAGCCCUGCGACACCAUGAAAGUGGGCGGCAACCUGGAUUCCAAGGGAUACGGCGUGGCCACGCCUAAAGGCUCGGCAUUAAGAAAUGCUGUUAACCUGGCAGUACUUAAACUGAACGAGCAGGGCCUGUUGGACAAAUUGAAAAACAAAUGGUGGUACGACAAGGGAGAGUGCGGCAGCGGGGGCGGGGACUCCAAGGACAAGACCAGUGCUCUGAGUCUGAGCAAUGUGGCUGGGGUCUUCUACAUCCUGGUGGGAGGCCUAGGCCUGGCCAUGACCGUGGCCCUUGUGGAGUUCUGUUACAAGUCCCACCAGGAGACCAAAAGACUCAAACUGGCCAAGAACACGCAGAACUUCAAACCGGUGCCCCCAGCGGCCAACACGCAGAACUUUGCCACCUACAGAGAGGGAUACAACGUCUAUGGCACAGAAAGCGUCAAGAUCUAAUGGUGACUGCGAAAGACAAAGAGAUGGUCAGGCUUCACCCACCCCACCCCAUAAACCCCCAUGGCGAACCGAUGCCAGCACAGUCUGACGUUGCCUAAACCCGAUCCUGACGUGAGAGUCAGGCCGCACUGACCACGAUGCAACACGACUUGAAUCAUGGGACUUGGAGUCUCUCAGUGCCUUAUAGCUUCUCCUGCGUCAGUGCAAUGCAACCCAUCACCUGACAGUAACCCCAUCCAGAAAAAAACUACACUGGAAUGAGAGACCUGAAGAUCCUAGGACUUUUAGACUUUAAACACCUGUUAUAAAAGAAAAACACUUUUGGAGAUUUUUGAAGAUUUAAAAAAAAGAAAGAAAAAAGAUGGCAAGGAAUACCCUCGUAUUCAUGGACAGUGGACACAUAUGGAUGAGUCUUCUCAGUGUUGGAAACUUCACUUUAAAUCAUCACAAUCUCUUUUUAGCCAUAUUUUAAUCAAGGAAAUAAUUAAUGAAGUUAUAUUGUGUUGCCUCUUUUAACAUUGCUGUCAUCCUGAUCAUUUAAUAUAAAUAUAUGUGUAACAUUAUAGUUUUAUUUUAUUAACUUUAGGAUGGAACAUCUCUAGGAUAAGACACAUAGAGAGGAAUAUAGAUUUAUUGCUACCCCAGUUGUUGUUUUUGCAAACUAUGUUAUCACACCCAUACUGAUAAUAAAUCUGACUCACUGGACCACAUUCAUUGCUUAAUAAUUUAUCAGACUCUCCUGGAGUAGCAGGUCACAAUGAAUACUAUGGAUAUGAGCAACAACAUGAAUAUGGAAAACAUGAAUGCAGUAUUAAAUGAUUAACAAUGUUUAAAAUAUGCUCCUAAAAACUCAAAAUGUUGAAACCGUUCCCCCUGCCAGUGAAAGAAGUCAUUCCUGUGUUGAUGACAGUUGACGUCAGCUCAUAGACACAGUACAGUGACUUGACAAGUGUCUUGUUCCUCAAGUGAUUGCUCAUAGCAAUACAUAAAAUGGAGUUAUGAGUAGGCUUACAUCCAUUAUGGUGUUAAUUUUCAUUAUCUACUGAAGAAGAAGAAGAAAAGCAAACAAACUCUGAGAAUCCACCUUGAACCACUUUGAUUUUUGUAAGAAAAAAGAGCCAUAAUUCUAUGGAAUACAACAUGUACAAAAAGAAAACCAAAAUGAUGACAUGUAUAAAAAAAUACACACACACAAAUGCAGUUUAGUUUUGUAUAAAUGAGGGAGUGCUGUUCUUGUAUGUGUAUGUAUGUACGUACGUAUGUAUGUACUGUAUGUAUGUUCUUUAGCUGGUUUCCCAAUGAAGGCGGUUUUGUCCUCCCCCAUUCCACCUCCAGUGCAUGGAAACAGAACAAAAAAAAGCUGCUGACUGACUGCAUCAGCAAAAUGGCUACAGUGCUGAAGACCCUUCUACUCUACUGAACACCACGACCAUCUGAACUCACUGACCUUCUACUGUCAUUCACAUGUUCCUCCCUCCCUUCGCCUAUAGCUCCUCUGCACACGUCAGCCUCAACAGUCACCACACCACUGCAUCAUCAUAGUCGAUCACAGGUCUGCAUGUGUGGAUUAAGGAAACCUCGCAAUGAGACAUUUAGUACAUUUUCUAUAAAAAAAGGAUAAUAAAACAACACUUGAAGACACA